UUACUAGACGUAUAUUCGAUUAACGUUAUAAAUUUACUAGAUAUAUCGCAUUCUCUCUAAAUAAAAAUGUCCUCUUAUUAAAUAGAUAAUUCUAAUUAAAUCAAUUUCAGUUUGUGGACAAUGAAAUGAAUAAAUCUGACUGCAAUAUAGUUCUUGUUUUAUCAUCUAAUCAAGUCACAGAAUACGUGUAGAUGUUUCACACUGUCAUCGCUUUAAUUUGACAGAUUUGAUAGAUUGACGUUUUGGACGGAUCGUCUAUACGUUUGAAAUUAAUUUGAAAGGAAUACUAAACUUAUUACGUUUGCAACUACGUGAUACUUUUUGUUUUGCCUUCGUUCCAUUCAUUUAUACUAUAAGAAAUUUGGAAAUAAACAUUUUAUACGUGUAUAUAUACAUAUAUAUCUUUAUACAAUCAAAAUGCACGAAGCAUAUAAAAAUAUGCCUAUAAUGAAUAUAACAGUGCAAAUAGAAUCUAUGAUUGCGUAUGAUGAUAACUUAUUGAUUGGCACAAGAGAAGGACAAAUUUUCAUGUAUAAUGUUCCUUCAAAAUUAGAUGAAACUCAUAAAUUAGAAUUAUUACGCCACAGUAAAAAUUUUAACAAAAAACGUAUUAGUCAAAUGGCUGUUGUAGCAGACUAUAAUUUAUUAAUUUUACUUACAGAUGGUAUAGUUUCUAUUCAUGAUCUCAAUUCAGUGAAUUUUCAACUAAUCUGCCAGUUGCAAAAAACAAAGGGAGCAACGUUAUUCGCUUUAGAUGUCCAAAGAACAAAAAGUUCAACGGAUGAAAAAGAUAUUGUUGUACGCUUAUGCGUUGUUGUAAAGCGUAAACUACAACUAUAUCAUUGGAAAAGCAAGAAAUUUGAGGAGUGUAGUAAUUUUGAAUUAACAGUACCAGAUAUACCACGUGAAUUAUCAUGGUGCGGAGAAACUCUGAUAUUAGGAUUCCGUGGUUUAUCUUAUACCAUCUUAGAUUUAACUGGCAAACCUAAGGAACUAUUUCCUACUGGAAAAUCACCAGAGCCCAGUGUUACUAAAUUAUCAGAUAAUUCUUUUGUAUUAGGAAAAGAUUCUCAUUCUAUUGUUAUGGAUACAGAAGGAGAAUUAAUUCAACAUAAUCCUAUUAAAUGGUCAGAUACUCCAAGCGUCAUAGCAUGGGAUGAUCCUUACUUACUUGGCAUUGUACACGACAGAUUAGAAGUAUAUACUUUGGAAGGUUGCUUACACAUUCAGACAAUAAAAGAUUUAAAUAAAGCUAGACUUAUAUGUAGAUGUAAACAAGGCAAAGUCUUUGUAGCAUCUAUCAGUAGUGUAUGGUGCGUGACGGCUGUUGAUGUAACACAACAAAUUAGAACUUUACUUGAACAAAAUCAAUUUCAGUUAGCAUUAAAAUUAACAAGUUUAUCAGACAUAAUAGAAGAAGAGAAGGUGAAACAAACCUAUAAAAUACAAACUUUAUAUGCGCAUCAUUUAUUUUAUAAUAAAAAAUUUCAAGAAGCUAUGGAUUUAUUUUUGGAACUUGGGACUGAUCCUUAUGAGGUAAUCAGAUUAUUUCCUGACUUAGUAACGCCAUCAACUAGUAGCCACGAUCUCGGCGAUUCAUCGACAAACUUACCAAAACUUCCAAAUCAUGAUUUGGAAAAAGGUUUACGCGCUUUAAUAAUUUUUCUGACCGAUGUCAGAUACAAAUUAAUAAGUGAUACAAAAACAAAAGAUAAGGAUAAUAACAAGGAGAAAAGUGUAAUGGAAAGUGAAAAAAAUCUCACUGCUGUAGCUACUGAACAAUUGUUAAAGAUUAUAGAUACUACUCUACUCAAGUGUUAUUUACAGACGACCGAUGCAUUAGUAGCACCGUUACUAAGAUUAAAUCAUUGCCACUUGGCAGAAGCUGAAAAGACAUUACUUAUGCAUCAAAAAUAUCCAGAACUUAUUAUAUUAUAUCAAACGAAAGGACAACAUAGGAAGGCUUUAGAGCUAUUAGAAAAACAUGCCAAAGAAAAUGAUUCUAGCUUAAAGGGAACUGAAAGAACUAUUCAAUAUUUGCAGCAUCUUGGCAAAGAUCAUAUGGAUUUAAUCCUUAAAUUCGCAGGUUGGGUUUUGGAAGAAGAUCCUGAACAAGGACUUAGAAUCUUUAUGGAAGAUAUACAAGAAGUCGAGCAUUUGCCUAGACCUAAAGUGUUGGAUUAUCUUUUACGUUGUCACAAAGAUUUAGUUAUAACAUACUUGGAACAUGUGGUGCGUGUAUGGGAAGAUACAAAUCCAUUAUUUCACAAUGUUUUAAUACAUCAAUAUAAGGAGAAGAGUCUAGCUUCUAUGAGUGAAAAUGCAACGCCCGCUGAAAAAGAGAUAUCCCAGCACAUCAGACAAAAAUUACAACAAUUUUUGGAGAAAUCUGUGUAUUAUACACCAGAGACAAUACUAGUACAUUUCCCAUUUGAUUGUUUAUUCGAAGAACGUGCGAUUAUUUUAGGAAGGCUUGGACGUCAUCAACAGGCUAUAUCGAUAUAUAUUAAUCUCUUAAAUGAUGUACCACGUGCAAUAGAAUAUUGUAAUAACGUAUAUGAAAGAUGUCAUAAUGAAGAGAAAACGGAUAAACAAAAAAAAUCUGAAGGAGCAGACGAGGUUUAUGUAAUGCUUAUUAAUCAACUAUUAAAACCUGAUGAUGCAGGAGCUCUAAUGGCUGGUUGUAAUACAAAGAUACAACGUAAGGCACAACCGGAUCCAGAAAUGGCAUUGCGUUUACUCGAAGAACAUGCUUCUAAAAUAAAUCCUUUAAAAGCUCUAGCAAUCUUACCAGAUACAGUACCGAUCGGUAGGAUAAAACGUUUUCUAGAAGUUAGUCUUCAAAAUAAUUUAAACACGAGACGUAAAAUUCAAGUUUUGAAAGGCUUACUUUAUGCAGAACAUUUGCAAGUACAAGAACAACGUAUGCAUUAUGAGUCACAGAGUGUCCUCAUGACAGAGUUUAAUAUAUGUCCAGUAUGUAAAAAAAGAUUUGGGAAUCAGAGCGCAUUCGCAAGGUAUCCCAACGGCGACAUCGUACAUUAUUCGUGCCAAGAUCGUAAAGGAUGAAUAAAUGUUUUACCAUAUUAUAUGCAUAGCAACAUUGUUAUGUAUAUAUAUGUUCUUUUUUUUUUAUCAUAUCAAAGAUCAUCAGUGUCCUACAAUUUUCAACAUUUUAAUAAUUACUAAGUACCAGUUACAAUAUAUUAAUAACAUGUACGAUAUUGUAUAAU